AUGGCGUCUUCACCAAGUGCUGGUGUGGCGACUGGCGCUAGUCGACAGGAUGCCGACCUUCAUCGCCGCAAUGUUCAGUCGUACGACAAGGCCAACGGUCAACAUGUCGUCAAAUUGGAAGCUGAAGACACGAAGAAGCUUCAAAAGAGGCGGACGGAGGGGAGCAUUCUCCAGGUGCUAGAUGACUGGGAAGUAGUCAUCGCGCCCAUCAUCUUCACAGCGUUCGCGCUCUUCACUAGACUAUGGAAGAUUGGUCUGUCCAACAUUGUCACAUGGGAUGAAGCACAUUUUGGUAAAUUCGGAUCGCACUAUCUCAAACGCGAUUUCUACUUCGAUGUACACCCUCCCCUCGGAAAGAUGCUGGUCGGCCUUUCUGGCUAUAUGGCAGGCUACAACGGUUCCUUCGAAUUCAAGUCAGGCGAGGUCUAUCCUGAAGAGGUCAAUUACACGUUCAUGCGCAUCUUCAACGCCAUGUUCGGUGUUGUGACUAUUCCUGCGGCAUACUUUGCAGCCCGCGCACUCGGCUGGCGUCGUGAGACUGUCUGGCUUGUCACACUGAUGGUCCUGUGCGAAAACUCGUACGCGACCAUCUCCCGAUUCAUCCUUCUCGACUCGAUGCUUCUCUGCUUCACGUUCACCACGGUCUUGUGCUGGGCAAAAUUUCAUACACUACAGAAGAAGCCAUGGACUUUCGAGUGGUUCCUAUGGAUUGUUCUGACCGGCCUCAGCAUCGGCUGCGUCUGCAGUGUCAAAUGGGUCGGUUUCUUUGCUACCGCACUGGUUGGUCUGUACACCGCUGAGGAUCUGUGGAACAAAUUCGGCGACCUCAAAAUGCCCAAGAAAGAGCUUGCCAGCCAUUUGGUGGUAAGGGUCGUUGGCUUGAUCGUUAUCCCCCUAAUGGUGUAUAUGUUCUCCUUCUACCUCCACUUCUUGAUCCUCAACAAAUCCGGACCCGGAGACGCUCAGAUGUCCUCCCUCUUCCAGGCCAAUCUCGAGGGAACUGAGGUCGGCAGAGACGCUCCUCUCGAGAUCGCACUUGGCUCGAGAGUUACACUCAAGAAUAUGGGCUAUGGUGGUGGCCUCCUUCACUCUCACGUCCAGACAUAUCCCGAGGGUAGCAAGCAACAACAAAUCACAUGUUAUCAUCACAAGGAUGCCAACAACGAUUGGUUCAUCUACCCAAACCGCAGCCGAGCCGCAAUUCUCGACCCCGAAGAUCCACUCGAGUUCAUUGCUGACAAGAGCGUCAUUCGUCUGGUCCAUUCAUCCACUGGCCGCAAUCUACAUUCUCACAAUGUCGCGGCUCCGGUCACUAAAGGCGACUAUGAAGUAUCGUGCUAUGGCAAUACCACCGUUGGCGACGAAAAGGAUCACUGGCAGGUCGAGGUCGUCAGCGACGCCGCGUCAUCGGACAGAUCCCGUAUCAGGACGCUUACUACUGGGUUCCGUCUCAGGCACCCCGUGCUAGGCUGCUACUUGCGAGCCGGCAACACGAAUCUACCACAGUGGGGCUUCAAGCAGAUUGAGACCACUUGCGUGAAGCAAAACCAUCCACGUGAUGUCUACACGCACUGGAACAUCGAAUCUCAUAUCAACGAGCGAUUGCCCCCUGGCGAUGCCAAGGCCUACCGAUCUCCCUUCUUCAAAGACUUCAUUCAUCUGAAUGUUGCUAUGAUGACAUCGAACAAUGCUCUCGUCCCCGACCCCGACAAGCAGGAUGAUUUGGCUUCCCACUUCUGGCAAUGGCCCAUUCUCAACGUCGGCCUGCGAAUGUGCUCCUGGGACGAUAAGAUCACCAAAUACUUUCUGCUUGGCAACCCCAUCGUCUAUUGGGGCUCGACUGCGUCUCUUGGCGUCUUUGGUCUGAUAGUCGCUUGGUAUGCAAUCCGGUGGCAACGUGGCUACGAUGAGCUUACACAAGCCGACAUCGACCAAAUUCAUUACGCUGGCUUCUAUCCCGUCAUCGGUUGGGUCUUGCACUACAUCCCCUUCGUCAUCAUGGCGCGUGUCACGUACGUUCAUCAUUAUUACCCGGCACUAUACUUCGCCAUCCUGUCCGCAGGAUUCUGUGUCAACUGGACCACACGACGACUCGGAACUGGACUACGAUGGGGCAUCUUCUCUUUACUCUAUGCUGUCGUGAUCGGUCUCUUCGUCCUCUUCAGUCCGGUCGUCUUCGGAAUGCAAGGUAGCAAUCGCCAGUACGACUAUCUGAAAUGGUCAAGCAAGUGGAGGAUCUCAGAUGCCUAG